GCCCAAUUCUGGUUUCUUGUCUUGUCUAUUUUUGUACGGGUCUUCAAUAAAAAAUCAUAACCAACCUUCUCUCCGUUGGAUUUGUGUCGAGUUUUGUUACCAAAGCCGCAGUCGCGGCUUCCUCUCCAUCAUGUCCCAAGAUACGGGCUUGUUUAGCAUCAGGCGCCCCCCCCGAGAGUCUCUGGCGCACUUCUCUGCCCUUCCUCAACCGUCGUCGGCUCUGAAGCGCACCAGUUCUAUUGGCGCAUUUGGGAACCCGUCUACUGCCCAGCAAACACGUAUAUCGCUGUUGAACUCUGCCAGUCGCCCCCAACAACCUAACUUUCAGCGUUCAUCUUCCGGGGGAGCUCUUGGAGCGGAUGCAGGUCUCUCAUCAGUGAGGCGUUCUGUCUCAAGCAAUAUCUUCCACGGAGCCAGUGGCGGCCGCCAAAGCUAUGCGCCGGGAUCCUUUCCUGCCAACUCCGCAUCCCAGAGCCUACAGCGGAGGAGCAGCGUCUUCUCGCGACCAUCUUCUGGCGUGGGAGGCGGCGGUAUGGGUCACCAGUCUUUCUUCACACAGGUCCCUAACGCUGCUGGCGUCCCAAGGGACCCACGACCCCUGAGAGACAGAUCCUUUCAAGCUCGGAUUGGACAGGAGCUUCUGGAGUAUCUCACCCAUAAUAACUUCGAAUUGGAAAUGAAACAUACCUUGGGCCAAAACACAUUAAGGUCUCCAACCCAAAAAGAUUUCAAUUACAUAUUCCAAUGGCUGUACCAUCGCAUUGAUCCCGGUUACCGUUUCCAGAAAAGCAUGGAUGCGGAAGUGCCGCCAAUUUUGAAGCAGUUGCGCUAUCCCUAUGAGAAGGGCAUCACAAAGUCUCAGAUAGCAGCCGUUGGAGGUCAGAAUUGGCCUACGUUCCUCGGUAUGCUACAUUGGUUGAUGCAACUGGCCCAAAUGAUGGAUAGGUUUAUUUUGGGAGAAUACGAUGAGGCUUGCGCGGAAGCUGGCGUAGAUGUUUCAGGGGACCGCAUCAUCUUCCGGUUCCUUACGGGGGCUUACCAUGACUGGCUACAGGGCGGCGAGGACGAAGACGAUGAGACCGCCGGGCAGCGGCUAGUCCCUCAUAUCGAAGCAAUGGCACAGGAAUUUGAAAAAGGCAAUGAAAAGUAUGUACAGGAAGUGCAAGCUUUGGAAGCGGAGAACCGCGCAUUACGCGACCAAAUCGAGGAGAUGGAGAAGAGUGCUCCCGACAUGGCCAAGCUAGAUAAGCAUUUCCGGAUUUUGGAGGAUGAUAAGAGAAAGUUUGAGGACUACAAUCAAAAUGUCCAGGGAAAGAUCGAAAAAUACGAAAACCGUAUAAGGUUCCUUGAGGAUGAGGUUAAGAAAACCGAUGCAGACCUGCAAGCGGCCGAGGAAGAGCGGAUAGGUCUCCAAUCCAGUGUCGACGGUCAGGGUAUCACGAUCCAAGAUAUUGACCGCAUGAACACGGAACGCGAUCGUCUCCAAAAGAUACUUGAUGAUACUAUGGGCCGGCUGGAAGAGACGCACACUCGAGUGAUGGAGAAGGAAAGAGAGGCCAGCGAGAAACUGGAGGCUCUAGAGGAGGUCGUCAAGACCUACAACACACUGGGCUAUCAGACCGGCCUGAUCCCUUCAUCUGCAGUCAAUGCAAAAGGCCAGGACUAUGAGCUCAGUCUCAACGUCAACGCAAGCAAUUUCUCCGCAUCGCAGAUCGGCUCCGUACCUAGCAGGAUUUCGCCGGAGGGCGAUAGGUUGCUAGCAGAUCCAUUCACAGGUUAUCAUCCGGCACAUUUACUGAGUCUGGACCUGCGGGGAACGGUCCGCAGCAGUUUGCAGGCCCUGCGCAAGGAUGUCAACGAGCGACGAAAGCGCGCGGCAGAUGAUGAUUUAGACCGGCGCAAUCUUUUGGAUAACAUCAAGGAGGCCAUGGAUGAGAAGCGAAGCGAGGUGGAAGCUUUGGAGCAUAGACGGCGCGCUGCGGAGGAAGAAUUUGAGCGCACUAAAGAAAUCACUACCACGCAGAAGCUUGCCUCUGAUGCCCAGAUCGAGAAGAUGGAGAAGGAACUAGCUAAGAUGCGGGCCACCAUGAGUGAGAGCGUUCAACUCAUGGAGCAACGCGAAAUGAACACGAAUAUUGAAUAUGAGCAACUUACCCUUCGAGCGAAUGCGCUACGGGAGGAACUACACACCAACGUGGAAAGCAUGUUGAAUGACGUGAUUCGAUUCAAAGUCCACGUCCAGAAGGGCCUUGAAGACUACGAGAGCUUCGUCGUUGAUGAAGUUGAACAGGAGCUUGGAAAUGACAUGGCGCCGACGGAUGAAAUUCCUCCGGAGGAAGAAUUGUGAAGUUGUUUUCAAUGAGUUUCUCCGCGCCAUAGUUGAUAAUGAUCGCUAGGGGUUCGACUAGUUUGUCCCGCUUCUCUUGGAAUAGAGGGCAGCAAGGUCGGCUCAAGGCUGUGGCAUUUGUGAUCUCCAGUCAGACAUAUGGCUCUCCUUUCAGCGUGUAGGUUUUUUUGUUUGCAUUAUAUCCUUGUUGUGGCGCUAUUGGGAGAUUGGGUAUGGGGUGUUGUGCUCAUUUUUAAAUCAAUUUUCUAUUCCUUUUUUGAAUGGCUUGGGAUGUGGGAUGUUAUGUCUAAUGAUACCUUUCUUUCGGCCGUUCUCUUGUUAAUAGUGUCAUACACUAGAGUGUAUGUAUAUAAGUUUUCCUACCAUUAGGGAUAUUCUUCCUUCCCACUCUCUUUAGGGGUAGGUGAAAGACAGUAUAGUAUAUAUGAUAAUCA